AUGAUAGUGACCAUCCCGACCAGACAUCUCGGCCUGGGCUGCCGCCUACUUCGUCUUGGGGUAGCGGCCAGAGAAGCUUCGACGUCAGCCACAGCAGAUGCAGAGACUUUUUUCCGUGAUACCUCGAGGAGGUGGAUUUGCAACGAAGAUGCUCGACUGCGGGAGCGUCAUGUCAGGUUCAAUGUCGCAGAACUGCAGCACGCGGCUGUAAAGGCCGUUGAUCGAAAGCACUGUACAAAUAUUGUCAAGUUCGCUGAAGGGGGAUUUAACAGAGUUUUUCUCCUGACCAUGGACGAUGGCAGUGAAGUCCUUGCCCGCAUCCCAACUCCCAUUGCUGGACCUCCACGCCUGACGACAGCCAGUGAAGCUGCUACCAUGCGGUUUCUUCGGGAUGUCCUACAUAUUUCUGUUCCUCGAGUGUUUGCCUACUCGGCAACAUCAGACAAUGUAGUCGGGGCUGAAUAUAUUCUGAUGGAGCGGCUCAAGGGCGAGCCGCUUAGUUCAAGGUGGCUUUCUCUUUCCAAGGCUGAGAUGGUCGACUUAAUGAUGCAGAUAGUGGAUAUCGAGAAGAGGAUAUUUAAUUUCAGAUUUCCAGCAUACGGUAGCCUGUACCACCGAGUUGAUAUACCCAAAGAGGCAAGGGUGGAUAUCGAAGCGGGCGGAGGAGAAUUUUGCAUCGGGCCUAUCUGCAAACGCCAGUUCUGGCAUGGCGAGAGGGCAGACAUGAAGCUUGACCGUGGUCCUUGGACUAGUCCUGCAGACUGUGUUGCUGCAGCAGCUCAUCGAGAACUUGCAUGGACGUCGCAGUACGGGAAACCAAGGCCCAGAAGAGCCUUCCUCCUACCAACUGAGGAAGAUAUCAGCCCCAGGGAACAUAUAUCUCUCUUAUCACAGUACCUACAGGCUGCUUCGUUCCUAGUUCCGACCCAGCCUGAGAUGGCAACGCCGAUAUUACGCCAUCCAGACAUGAGCUUCCCUAAUAUUCUUCUUACCCCCGGAACAAACAAGAUAGAAGGGAUAAUCGACUGGCAGGAUGCAGCUAUUCUUCCCCUUUUUAUGCAGGCUGGCUACCCUGCAUUCUGUGAACAUGACCCUUCUCGAGUUCAAUCUUUAAAGGAGCCCAAACUUCCUGAAAAUUACAAGGACUUGAAUGAGGUGGAUCGAAUGAAGGCAGAUAUAAAGCUCCGCUUGCAAAAGGCCAACUUAUACUACUAUGCGGCGACUGGGCUUGAGAAUCGCCUGCAUCUACAAGCACUUCGCUUGCCUGGCCUUGGAUUGAUACAAUAUCUUAUUUCUAAUGCCGGAUACCCUUGGGAUGCUGACCUGAUUAACCUAAAAGCAGCCCUAGUUGGACUGACCAAGAUCUGGGAGGACAUGACAUCCGAUCCUUGUCCUAUCUCGUUUUCUCCCGAGGUCGAAAGGGCAAUACUACAUGAUGCCGCUGAGUGGAAGGAGUGCGAAGAGAUCCUGUCCACCAUACUUGAGAAUCUCGGCGUUGAUAAAGAGGGCGGCACACAUCCAGAUGAUUUUGGGUAUGCUCUUGAAAUGGCUCAGCGGCUGCGGGUAAAGAUAUAUACCGAUGCAGAAGAGAACCUACGAAGGCUGUUCUGGAAAUCCUGGAUUUUUAAGGAUGAUAACGACAUUUCUCCUCCCCCU